AUGGCAAUAUACGAUAAACAGCCUGUAGUAUCAGAAAAAAGUACUGCUGAACAAGAAUUAGAAAAAUAUCUUACAUCUACGUCUAUGGUACGAGAUGAAGAAGAAGAUGACAUACUUGAAUAUUGGAGAGAACAUCAAAAGUUAUUUCCAUUAAUUGCUUCAAUUGCUCGCAAAAUACUAGCUAUUCGAGCUUCAAAUACAUCAGUGGAACGGCUAUUUUCGUCGUGCAAAAACACCAUCACAGACAAGCGAACAAGAUUAGGUGCUGAAAAACUGAACAAAAUGAUGUUUUUACAGAAGAAUAUGAAUUUAUUAAAGGAAAAAUUUCAUGUUAAUUUUGCUGCAACAAAUGAUAAUCAAAAUACAAAACGAAAAAAUGCUAUACAACCAUUUUAA